AAAAACUUCUUUUAAAACAGUUUUUAUAUAUUUUGAUUUUGUAUAGCAUAUAAAAUAGAACAAUGUGGUUUGGAAGUAAAUCAACCGAUUAUUAUAUGAACAACAGAGACACUUAUUACCCUCCAGAAUCACAAGGAGGAUUUGGUUCACUAUUCCGUCGUAAGAGUAUAAGUGCAUCUGGAAGAAAUGGCUAUCGAUAUUCUGAUGAUACACGACGUCGACGCAACUCACUACCAACACAUCAAUAUGACACCCGAUACUAUGCUGGUUUACCACCUGGUAAUGGUCUCAGCAGUUUCACAAAGCCCUUUCAUGAUCUAGACUACUAUCAGCAACAAGGACACACAUUUCUACCUCACCCCCCUCGACCUAUGGUGCAUAAUCAUAACCCAUUUCCUCACUAUGGAGGAAAUGUAGGUAAUUAUCAUGGACAUCACCAUCAUGAACACUAUGGUUAUCCUCGAGAACAACAAUAUAUUCAUCGUAAUGUAACCGUAGAUUCAGGUUAUUACCCUUAUGCAUCAGGCUAUGUAGAACGUCCUGUUCGUAAAGUAGUGAAAAAGAUAUUUUAACAAUAAACUUCCUGCUGCGUAAUGGAUUAAAGCUGGUUUUAACUGUUGAGUUCAAAU